CAGCCCGCGCAGCGCCGGCGCGGAGCGGCGCGUGAGGGGCGCGCAGCGGCGGCCGGGGCCCGGCGGGGCUAUGCGGAGCGGCGGCGCGGCCGGGCGAGCGCAGCCCGGCGGCCCCGCGCGGGUCGCUGCGCGGCGGGCGCUGCCGCGGCGGCCCUGAGCGGCGCCUCCCGGAGCGCCCGCGCCGCGGGCAUCGUUUCCGCGCGGGUCUGGGACACGGCGAGCGGGAAUAUGAGCAGGAAAACGAGGCGCUGGAUCUUCCACAUCCUCCUGAGCCUCGGGAUUGUGUACAUCAAGAUCGGGGGUUUUUCCUCUGUGGUGGCCCUGGGCGCCAGCAUCAUCUGUAACAAGAUCCCGGGGCUCGCCCCCCGGCAGCGGGCGAUCUGCCAGAGCAGGCCCGACGCUAUUAUCGUCAUCGGGGAAGGGUCCCAGAUGGGCAUCAACGAGUGCCAGUUCCAGUUCCGCAACGGGCGCUGGAACUGCUCGGCCCUGGGCGAGAGGACCGUCUUCGGCAAAGAGCUGAAAGUGGGUAGCAGAGAGGCAGCGUUCACGUACGCCAUCAUUGCUGCCGGGGUAGCGCACGCGAUCACGGCCGCCUGCACGCAGGGGAACCUCAGCGACUGCGGCUGUGACAAAGAGAAGCAGGGACAGUACCACAAGGAGGAAGGAUGGAAAUGGGGAGGCUGCUCCGCUGACAUCAGAUAUGGAAUAGGAUUCGCCAAGGUGUUUGUGGAUGCCAGGGAGAUCAAGCAGAACGCGAGGACCCUCAUGAACCUGCACAACAACGAGGCCGGGCGGAAGAUUCUGGAGGAAAACAUGAAGUUAGAGUGCAAGUGCCACGGGGUCUCGGGAUCCUGUACCACUAAAACAUGCUGGACAACUCUUCCCAAAUUCCGGGAGCUGGGCUACAUCCUUAAGGACAAAUACAACGAAGCAGUUCAAGUUGAACCGGUGAGGGCAAGUCGUAACAAGCGUCCGACCUUCCUUAAAAUAAAGAAGCCGCUUUCCUAUCGCAAACCCAUGGAUACAGAUUUAGUGUACAUCGAGAAGUCUCCCAAUUACUGUGAAGAAGACCCUGUCACUGGCAGCGUGGGGACGCAAGGACGGAUGUGCAACAAGACGGCCCAGCAGUCCAACGGCUGCGACCUGAUGUGCUGUGGUCGCGGUUACAACACACACCAGUACUCAAGAGUGUGGCAGUGCAACUGCAAGUUUCAUUGGUGCUGCUAUGUGAAGUGCAACACGUGCAGUGAAAGAACAGAGGUGUACACCUGUAAAUGAGCACGGGCUGGGCAGCCUGACCCUGUAUCCCCAGCCACAAAUACAUUUGCACAUGCGCUCAACGUACCUACGCAAGACUGUAGCAAAGACCUCCUCUCCCAGAAGAAAUGCUGAUGAAUGGAUCCCUGUCUUUCCCUCUCAUGUUUCACUGCUUGUAUGGAUACACAUUUCAGACUCUUAUGAAAGUCGGCCAAGAAACAAAAACAACCCCCCCCCCCCCGCCAAACCACCUGACGUAUAGAAGAAAAAAGAUCAUCUCAGCUAAUCUGCACCUCUAAAGCAUGGAGCGUUGACUGCCUCAUGAAGAGACACCAGGCAGAGGAAAAACUCUGAGCUUGGCAACUGACUCUCUUGGUUUCAAAAUAGUUGGUCAAAAACUUCAGUGUAUGAGGAUCAGGGACAGGGGAGAGUCCUCAGAACGGGGCUGUGCGCAGGACGGGACGGACAGUGCCCCACUGUGAAUUGCCGCUGUCAGUGUGUGGAUGAUACGGAUUUAGGCUUCUACACUUGCGAAAAGCUUCUGCCGGUCUUGCCCAUCUUUCGACGUCUUACCAUUUGCUACAGCAAGUAGAACUGUGGAAGUUUUCUGUAGACACUGCUUUAUCUGCUGUUGUGUGUGUGUGCGUGUGUGUGCGCGUGUGUGUGCUGCAGAUUUUAGCACAGGGAUUUGGGACAUUUGGGCAUAAUAAUAGCAAUAUUUAACAAUUUAUUCAGAUAAAACUAAUAUUAAUUUAUUUAAUUAAAAAGAACUCUACCACCAUUUUUGGACCUAUUCUGCAAUUAAAGUAGAUAGCUUGCUUUCUUUGUGGAAUAAUUUUGUAGAAACAGCAAGGAAAAACUGGAGUUGUAUAUAUUAUUCUUUACUGGGAUAUUUCUACUAGUUGGACUUGCAGGAUAUGUUCUACAGUACUAGAUGUUUAAGUACAAAAGCUGGCAUCUUUAUAUAUAUGUACAUACACAAACACUUUUUUUUUUCCCUCUGUUUGCUGCUAGUUGUCUGGAACAAAAAUCAAAUGGUAGGGGUUUUAAAUCUUUACCAGAUUUUUUUUUCAUCAAUUAAAGAAAGAAGCAUUAAGAAAAUCCUGUUUGGAAUAUGUCUAGAAAUAAGGAACUCCAGACAAACUUCCAUCUUUUGGAAAAACCACCAUAGGAUAAGAGAGUAUAUUUUGUAAGAGACUAUUUUUAUAUAAAUAUUUUAUUUAUACUACGUCUGCUUGUUCAACCUGUACUUUUUCUCAAAACAGACAUGCAAUUUGUAAUUCUUAGGCUAUUUAACAGAGAAAGGCUAAUUAGUUUGUGGACACAACAGCAGCAAGCUGGAGACAUUCGGCUGCAACUGGUGGAUGUGUCAGAAAGCAGAGUGAACUUUCUCUCCGGAUGUGUGUACAAACUGGCUCUUUUCCUGCCGUUCAAUUUGCAGAAUAUGCAAAACAAGAACAGGGUAUGUAGCAUCAAUUUUGUCACAUGGCUUGAUUUCAUGAUUGGUAUUAACUGGAUGCUCAUUUAUCCCAUUCAGGAAAAAAUAUCCGAAUUAGCUUCCCACAUGCGUCAGUCAUUAAACUGUGGCGUUAUGACUAGCAAAUGUGCUGUGUGUGCUGUCAGUUAAACCUCUAUAUUGUGUUACUGUCAAAUUUGAUUUUAAUCAGUGGAAGACUGUAGACUAUGACUGUAAAAACUAGCAUGACACACAUCGUCUGAUUCUCAUAGAUAGGAUACAAAGCUCACUUUUUGUCCAACUCUUUUUGGCAUUUACAUUAUUCUUUUCCCCCAAAAGGACGGAGCUAAAAAAUCCAGAAAAAAACAUCCAGGCAAAUAUAAAGACUGCUCACUUAUUUUUGAGAGCCCCGUGAAACCAUCUUGUGCUCCAUUUUUGGUAUUUCCUUUUUCAUCACUUCUAAUUUCUUCAGAUAUUUGUGGGGUAAAUAUAUUCCUGCUUUUAGGAUCAUUCUGUUGCUCCUGCUUGAUUUGUUCGUGACUGAUAAAAAGUAACCUGAUAUUAAUAGCAUUUUCCAUUGGGUAAAAACAUGGCCCAGAACUGCUGGUGGCAUUGCCUGUUCUUCUAUCUGGGACAGGCAAGAUUCCUCCCUAGUUCCAAGAUACAGGAUCUCAUGACUUUAAUAAGGUGAAGAGUGUUAUCAGUAAAGGAAGCAAACCACUCUCCAGCACGCAGUGCAUUUCACUGACUGCUGUCGAUAACAGCAAGUAUUACAAAGAAUAGAGAUUACAGAUGUGUGCUGAGUCCAUUGAUCUUUCUGAGGCAAAACUCCCACCUAAGACUACGAAAACUGUGGCCUACGCUGAGAAAGUAAACAGAAGUACCAUUAAAAAUGUUUCAAAAAUUUAGUAUAAUAACCUAAACUUUUAGAAUUUGCCUGAAUGUGGCAUGACAUUUUUCUAAACUCUCUUCUCGUUUAUAUAUGUUAUUUACAUGAAAACACAAAUCCAUGCAGUACCUGCUCCUCUCAAUGUACAAUUAGGAUAAAUUAUAAAGUUUCUUUGCAGACCUACAACUUAAAAAAAUACAGUUUUUCUACAAUUCAAACAGCAACAUGAGGAUCAAAGUAAAAUAUGAUUAACAUAAUUUACUUUCAAACUUACGACUCAUCAACAUAAAGCAAUAUAAAAGCUUCUUUUUUGUAAUGGAGUUUAUGCUUUUAGGUUGUCUAAAUUCCGUGUAUCAGGAACUGAUAAGACAUAAAAUGCAAUUAAGUACAUACAGUAUGGCUGUUAAUAACAAUAUUACAGUAUGGUUUAGUAAAAUAGAUCAGAUAUUUAAUAUUGGAAUUUCCUCCCCCCUAGUUUGUAUUGGGUUUUUACUAAGAGGAUAUUGCAUCACAGUCAACAGUGUGUUUUCUUCCCUGAUUAGAGUAUUUUACAAAUUGUUAUUUUUGCAGUAUGUUUUUACGAUAGGAAAGUAAUCUGUAAAGCUCCUGCUCCCUAUAUAUUUCAAUAUACAGCGAUGCACAAUGUACAGCUAUCAGAUUAAUUCUUAAAGAACAAAUAUCUUUAAAUAGUUUUACUCACAAUAAUAAAGAACUGGACACACAAUGAAAUGAAUCUGAUAUACCUUUUCCCUAUUGCUUACAAUAUUGCCGGUGAUCUGUGCACUAACUAGAGAAAAUUUCAGUUUGUCUAAUAAAAUGAAGUAUCAUUCUGGGAACUUCACAAGGUGCUUUAUGAAUUCAGGAGCAAGGAAAGCCACAUGCUGCAUUCAGCUAGAAAGUAUUUGGAAAUUUGGCUAUGUGCUCUUAGAUAAGAGGAAUCUGGCCCAUCAGAAUCUGGAGCUAAUUGGCCAUUCUCUAAAUGUGCUUCAAUGGCACGAGGAAUAAACAGGAGGAGGAGGAAGAUUUACGGUUUUGUAGAUACCCCUCCCCACACCACAGUUUGUCCGCAGGGAUAGAGGAGUUCUGUUGUCGCGCGGUGAAGAAGCGCGCAAUGGAGUGAAACGCGCACAACUGCAGAACAGUGCAGCUCUCGAAAGAAAAUACAUCUUCUCGUCUCUGCUAAACAAGGGGAGGGCCGGAUUGCUGUCCCCAUAACUGAGGCUUCUAAAGAAAACACACAUUCGAGAGGCAGGAUGAGUAAGAGGAGUAGGAAGAGUAAGACAACGAACAUGGUCGCAAGUUGGGAAGCUAUUUUGUAUGAAAUCUCACUUCCCAUUUGAUCCUGGAAGCCUGAUUCACGGAAAGGAAGCAGUUCUGCACUGGGAUUCCUAAGCAAGUUUUAAGAAUUUUACCUCUCAGCCUCUUUUAAAGGACAACUAACUUGAUUACAGUUAGCUUGAAUACUUGAAGUACCUACAUAAAACACAAGUCAAACAAUGAUUAAGUUUUCUUUGCCAUGUAGACACAAAGCUAACUGAGAUAUGUCUUUCAGCAGUGAUAAUUAGAAUGAAAACAUCCUUAAAAUCUAAUCUUAAGUAGCUCAUUCAGUAAAGUUAUUCUAAAGGUACAUAGUUACUGAGAAAAGGAAAAUAACAAACAUAUACCAUCUUACACAGACUGCUUAAUGAACUAUCCUGGGGAUUACAAAACCUGUUUUAACUGACCAGGCUUAAAAAGCAAUUCUUUGAAUACAGAAACAUCACAGGCUGCAGUCAGGGUGCACAUAUUCAGAAGAAGAUUCAGCAAAAGUAUUUCUGACAAUAUUUGCACAUUUAUCAUUAUAAUGGGGAAAGACGCACUGUGGAUGUCCAAAAUAAGUGUAUUGACUAAUACAGCCCACCCAAAGUUGUAAUCCCAAGAAGACCUGCUGAACAGCAAGCCCUCCAACUGCACUGUUGGUAGCAGGACUAAACUGCUGACGCAGCGAUUGACACGUCUGGAGAGGGGAGGCCAAACCCUGACCAAUACCCCGCCUGUCAACCAGCGGGUGUGCAGUCUGAUUCAGGGCCUUUAACAUUCCAGAGUUUUACAUAAUUGAAUGAAGUACUGGACUUUUAUCACACAGCAGAACACCAGACUAUGAAGCUCAUCUAGACUCUAAAACACUCUUCCUUAAUUCGAGGUAACUUCGGAUAGCUCUCGGUACGGAAAGUGACUUAAUUCACUAUGCCAAUUUAUGUUCGUCUGGGCAAAAUCAUACCAGUAAUUCCUCACAGGCAAGCAUUUUAAUCCCGAACAAAAACUUAGGGAAUCCUUCCUCAGGAAACAAAUGUUAAUAACAUAUGAUUAAGUUAAAAUGACGAAAAGAUGCACUUGGAUCUAAAGGACACCAGGUGUCUAAAGAAGGAUACCAGAACUUUGCCGUCCUCUUGCCUUGAACAGUUCAGAGACGAUGUUUUAAAACUAUAAAGGCUUCUUCUGAUGCUUUGUAGUUUUAUGAGAGUACUCAUUUUUGCAUUUUGUUGUUACAUAUUCACAGAUUCAUCAAUAGCACAUACUGAGUGAUUUGGAAUUGGGAGGUCAAAAACACAUCCCAGAGAAAUCACACUUGGAAGUACAGCACAGUAUAUUUACUAUCUAUGCUCUCCAGUCCAUAUAAUUCCUCGCCUUGAUCCUGUAUUUUUGUCAGUAGUGACUGUAUCAUGCUUUUGUUACUUAAGAUGCCUGCUUUGUAAUAAGGUUUGAUUUCUCUGGGAGAAGAUGAGGUUAUAUUGACCUUUGAGAAAAUGUUUUUGUGUGCACGAAAUACAAACAUAAGGUGAAAAGGACGCUAUCAAAAUUGCACCAGUUACCUGCAAUUAGUAGCACACACCCAAAUUCUCUUAGCACGGAAAGCAUAACCCUAGGUUUUUUUGUUUCUGAUACUAGCUUGCAUCCCUUCCCCACGCCACAAAAUGCACGUUGUAUAUAACAUAUCAGAUCCACAGCUCAUUUUGUGGUUGUUGAUGCAGACAGCUCACUAGCACUGUGUCACAAGCCCAAUGCUGCCAGCACAUAAAGCCUUGUUUCUUAUGUACUUAUGGACAGGUAUUCCUCUUGGGAACUACACAUUAGGCAACUUUCUUUUACUGCAGUGCUUCACUUUCCCGUUUUCACCAGUGUACCUGCCUGCACAGUGUACAUGCUUGUUAUUUUAUUAUCUCCAAGCACUCAGAGUUUUGGCUUUCUACAGAGUGUUUAUAAGGCGCCCAAUGCGCUCCUCCCAGCUACUGAUGGCUUGUGUAUCUUGAUUUCCUCUCUGCGUAUGAGGAUACAAAGCACUACAGGAGGAGGACACUUGGCACCUAAAACAUUCACUAUGCUGUACCUGUAAUUCUGCAGCCCACUACAAGACAUCUGGAAUUACUUCAGUCAUUUAAUACACUCUGCCCCUCUAAUUUAACAUUUCAAUAUUGUCAAGAAAGCCACACUGAUGGUUAUUUAACAUGAAGUUAAAGACAGUGGACCAGAACAGAUGUUCUUUAAUUGACUAAACUUGUAUAAUAAAUUGCAGCAAAAAACCAUAAAGAGACAGUGCUGAAUUUUGUUCUCCAUCAGGUAGACUCAUCACUUUAAACAGGACUGCAGAGGGAUUGUGCAGUAGAGAGUGUCUGAUAUUACCCGUUAAUCACAUUUACCCAUUGUUCACAGCCUUUUUCUGGACUCUAAUUUUUCUUAUUCCCUCAAUGUUAUUUCUGAGCUUGCUUCCAUCACAUGAUGUCAGCAAACUGAUUAUUUUGACUGUUAAGAUUUUACAAAUGAGUUUGGCAGAUUCCUUCCUGGAUCCUUUAUGCCAUUUUUCCUUCUAUCCUGAAAUUCCUUUUAGUAUUUAUGCAGUAAAAGGCAAUAAAUGCUGUAACAUUUUUGGGACUUCAGUGACAAAGCAAAUAUCUAUUUCUGGCCCCACAGAACUUACAGAAUAAAUUAAAUCAAAACCCAUUAGAGAGGUGUCUGUAUAGUCCCCAGGGUUACAUUUUAAACUAUCAUGUACUACGGCUUGUUCUCAGUGGUGGAGGGUAGAGAUUCUCCAAGUGAUGGCAUCAGUAUCUCGCAGAAAAGCAAUUCCUAUCACGCUUCAGCAGAGUGAUGUGCUUUUUAGUGUAGAAAGCAGUUCAUCAGACGAGGACUACUCUUACUAAACAGUAAAAAAAGAGACUUAAAGAAACUAAUGGCCUAAUAGAGAUAGGAUGCAGCCCAGAAGUGUUUUGGAAAACCAAGAGGAGAACCACAUAAGAAGGAAAAACAUCGAAAAACUCCAUGCGUGGAAGGCAGACUAUUGAGUCUGUCAGAGAACAGAGAAAGGACUUGGCUAAAUGGGCCCAUUUUAGCCCAAGCUAAGGCUCUCUACUUGAUACACAGCUCAUAGUGCAAUCUCAUAAUAUUCCUCAGUGUGUUGUGCUAGGAGGAGGAGAAAAAGCUUGCACAUCUUGGAAAACACUUUUGGCCACUAACAUCUCCAUGUUAUCAGCAAUAAACCUGUUUUGUGCAUUGUUUCUUA